CAUUGGGACACACAAACCCCUCCACCACAAUAAGGUGAUGGCUCAAGGAGGGGUAAGGUAAAACCAGGGAACAGAAAAGAGUGUGGAGUGACUUAUCUAUAAAGUGUCUUACUUUGGCCAUUACAGAGAUGCUUCUAAAUAUUUUUGUGCAUACAUAUAUAUUUUAUGUGAGACUUAAGUAGUUUUCAUCAUGUAUUAGCACCCCAAGGACUUCGAUUUCAUGCACCCUUUUCCAAAACAACCCCCUCUAUCUCUAGUUUGAUUAAUUCUGAAUUAUUAAUAUCCAACAGUUGCUGUAAAAUUUCAUCUGCGCUAAAUAUCUUUUCGGUGUCUGCAAAUAAUUUGUAUUGGCGUAAUUGUGAUGUUGUGCAUAUAACAUUGAUGUACAUGAUAAAUCGGACCCAGCACCAACCCUUGUGAAACUCCACACACAAUGUCUAUGCAUUUUGAACUAUAUUCACCCAUUUUUACAAAUUGUUUGGUGUUUCUUAGGUAACUAUUCACCCCUAGUGCAAGUCCUCUAAUUCCAUAUUGUUCUAAUUUUGUGAUUAAUAUUUUGUGGUUAAUUGUAUCAAAUGCUUUAUUUAGAUAGAUGAAUACUCCAUUAGCAUAUUUCUUUUUAUCCAUGGCAUUUGUGGUUUCUUCUAUUAAUUCAAUUAGAGCUUGUGCUGUUGAUCGGUUGCUUCUAAACCCCUAUUGGUUAUUGGUGACGAAGUUAUGCUUUUUUAUGAAAUCAUGAAACUUUUCCAGAAUUUUGGAGAAACAGGUCUGUCAUUUGGAAAAAGGUGUUUGUCUCCAGUUUGAAAUAGAGUAAUUACUUUAGCUGUUUUUAUAACGUGAUAAAUUAGUUGAACAAAUGGAAUGGAAAAACUCAAUAUUUUUAUACACAGUACAAUAACAAUUGUAUCUCUCCUCCUAUUAACUCCUUUGCUAUGUCAAACUGACUGCUGUCAAAAAGGUCAUUCAACAAGAAGGCUACUGCACUGUGCUGUAUCUGGGCAAACUGUGCACAGCAGAUAGCUGAAAGCUGGGUGUUGUUUGUAUGGUCAACAGGUAACCCCUCUCAGUCCACCUCACUACACUACAUGAACCCCUACCAGCUGAACGCCUAUGCCAUGGCACUUAAAGCUGUUGGAGAGAUCAUUCAGGAUUAUGACAGUGAUAAAAUGUUUCCGGCUCUUGGCUUUGGGGCCAAACUCCCCCCCGACGGACGAGUGUCACACGAGUUUCCACUGAAUGAAAACAUGGAGAAUCCUUACUGCAAUGGUAUAGAGGGCAUCUUAGAAGCGUACCACCAGAGUCUGAAGACAGUACAACUGUAUGGGCCAACCAACUUUGCACCAGUGGUGAACCAUGUUGCAAGGUAUGCAGCAUCAGUGCAAGACGGCUCCCAGUACUUUGUGCUCCUCAUAAUUACAGAUGGAGUCAUAUCUGACAUGGCUCAGACCAAAGAGGCCAUUGUUAAUGGUGCGAAGCUUCCAAUGUCCAUUAUCAUCGUCGGAGUGGGUCAGGCUGAAUUUGACGCUAUGGUGGAGUUGGAUGGUGAUGACAUUCGGGUCUCUUCCCGAGGGAAACUUGCAGAGAGAGACAUUGUCCAGUUUGUUCCCUUCAGAGAUUAUAUGGACCGGACAGGUAACCAUGUGCUGAGCAUGGCCCGGCUGGCUAAAGACGUGCUAGCAGAGAUUCCCGACCAGUUGAUUUCCUACAUGAAGAGUCGGGGGAUUAAACCUAAGCCGGCCCCGCCACCUUACACACUACCCGGACUCACACAUCACCACACACACAUCUGACCAGAUGGCGUUUUAUUGAUGACUGACAGCGUGAAGCAGUCAUCUCCAUCAGGUUGCAUUUUCUUGAGGAGCGGAUGCAAACUUUCCAGGACCCGUUGGCAAAAAGUAUUUUUUAACCAGAACUGCGGCGAAGACUGUUUCACGUCAAAACGGACAGCAGGUCAGUUGAACAAGAAGAUCAUGUCGUGGUUAAAACUUUUGCCAGUCUGUGCUUGUUUCUCACAGUGUUUCAGGUGGUGAACUUUGACCUGAAGCACUGCUUGUCAGUUUUUGGUGUGGCCUAGUACGUUCAUAUUUUCAGGCAACUUUUUUUGUCUGGAAUUAGUUUUUAUAUUUGGAGAUUAUCUCCCUAUUUACUUAAUGAUGUAUCAAGACUGAUUAAGGAAAAAUACCUGUGUGUCGUUUACAAUUUGAUUUCUUCAAACAUCAAUCAGGUAUUUCGUACCAUUAGACAUUGCCUUUCUCUUACUUAACUUCAUAAGAGCAUGUUGUUCAAGAGUCCCCUUAUUUAGAAUUUACUGUCAAAUAUUAUUCAGAGUGGCAUGGAAUUUGAUGAAACUUGAGAAAAGCAUAACCUAUUUUUAUUUGAUUUUCAUGUAAACAGCAGAAGAUGAUUUUCUAUAAGAAUGGUUGCACGUGUAUCCUUAUACAUGAAUAUAUUUUAUUAAAAAUAACAUAAUAAAAUAAUGCAUAUUUAUUGAUAUAUAGUUUUUAAGCAUGGUCAAUAUUCUCUUUCAGCACCCUUUUUGUUUUCUUACAGUUCUGCACUGUUAACAUCAUAUUUGCUUGUUACCAUUUGUUGGCAUGCCACGAGCAUUAAAAGUAUUUUUUUACUUA